AUGAAGGCUGUCUCUGCUCUCAGGAAACGGUCGGAGCAGAAUGUUCAAAAUGCUUUUUCCUGUGUUUUCAUUAUAAUAAUCGUUUUGUAUAUUAACGGAGUGACGGGCAGCUGGUUUACUGACGACUCUGCGGUUAAUACCGAUGAAGAUGUACUAGAUAUUCAAAAUGAAACAAUAGCAAGGAAGAAGUUCGACUUCAUCUUCCCUGGUACAAAAUGGUGCGGUAAAGGGGACAUAGCGAAGAACUACGAUGACCUGGGCUCAGCGCGCGAGACUGACAUGUGCUGUCGGGAGCACGACCACUGCACUGACCUUAUACUCGCCGGGGAGACCAAGCACGGCCUCACCAACGACGCCUUCUACACCAGGUUGAACUGUAAAUGUGACGAGGCAUUCCGGCUGUGUCUGAACAAAGCUAACACGAAGACGUCGCGCAGAAUCGGCAAGAUAUACUUCAACGCGCUCGGCACCAAGUGCUACAGACGAGACUACCCUGUCGUAGGCUGCAACACUUACGGAGGAUUGUUCAGAAAGAAAUGUUUGGAGUACGAUUACGACACGAGGAGCGAACAGAUCUACCAGUGGUUCGACGUCAGGAACUACGCCAACUGAUGACCUGGACAUACUGAACACCUUCCCGGAUGCAGCCCAUAGUUAAUAUAACAUUAAUGUGAUACCAUUGUUCCUAUAGUCUGUAAUUUAUUUAAGAGUUAUAGUAUUACGUAAAAUACGGGUUAUAGAUUAUUAUUUUUUAGUGUGGUUUAAUCAUAAUUACUAAUUACACAAUUAAUAUCUAAUGUACAUUUAUAACUGAAGUGACAUCAAAAUAAAUAUGUAGAAAUAAA